CCUCACUUCAAGUCCAUUUGGGUGCAAAAUUCACUUCAAUGCACUUGCGCUAAGAUUCACGUGCGUUUCACGUGCAUUCGUUAUUAACAGGGAAAGAACGAACUAUCGUGUUCUUUCCCGAUUCAGCUGCUCCUAGGCUGCCGGCUUGGUCAAUCGCACACAGUCAAUUUUCGCUCCAUUCACACCGAUCGAUGUCCAGCCUUCUACACACUCACCACCCAUUCACUUCACAAUUACCAACCACCGACGCUCGGCCACUCGCAUGCAAGGCAGUCAUCCUCUUUUACCGUGCGGCGCAACGCGAUUCGCACGCGCCAGAGCUCAGUUUGCUCGUCAACAGAAAGAUUUGAGCCUCCGAUCCGCUCCAACGAGGACUACCAUCAACUCACAAUCAUGGCGGCUCAAACGAACGCCAUCCAACUGGCUGAGCGCCCCAUGGACCCACAAACAGAGUGUCGGCUGUUGAGUCUGGCGCCGGAGCUUCGUAACAGGAUCUACCAUGAGAUAUUCAGCAUGUCGACGUUCGAAACCCCAGUCCGCCUGGUCAAAUUCAUAGUCAAGAGUACGGACAGGCCUCAAACCGUUCUCGCUUUCCUUCAAACUUGCCGCCAGAUCCGCCACGAGGCCGAAGGAGUUUUCUUCGCGAUCAACCACAUCGCAACCCCGAUCCAGUCCUUGACCCAACCUCUUUCCACGGGCAACAUGUCCAGCGUUCGACUCGCGAGCAUCCGCACGUUAACGGUGCGUAAAGCGCGUACAUUGGCCAUUGAGCGCUUCGUGGAGCGGUGGCUUUCUCAGAUGCCAGAGUUGAAGGUCCUUACUUUCGACGAGAUUCCAUGUUGGCCUCCACAGAAGCUUUACCAGAUUCUCGCUCGCUACCAUCCGGAGGUGCCGCUCCACCAGUUGAGCAGGUUGGAUCGCAUCAGACAUACUCGGCCGCAUUACCAGAGGUCGAUGAAGCAUGCGCCCUGGCGUUGGGAGGUCUCCGGUGAAGAGUUUCUGGCUUUCAUUACGGGAGGUGGAGUAAAAGGGAGGAUCACUUGCAUUGGGAAGGGGGAAUAGAUGACGAAUAAGCAUGUGACGGGUGGAAAGUUGGGAUACACAAGACGGUAAAGGUCGUGCAAAACGAGAGGAAAGGGGGCCAAGGGCAGUUUGCUGAGCAGCAAACAUGCAGUACUACAUGAGAUGUUUGCUGCAGUGAGUACGAAUCCAGAUAAAAGGGCGAUGGUCUGUCUUCAGUGAA